AUGAGUGCUGCACACUCCAUCCACCACCCCAACCUCCACCACCCCAACCUCCACCAGCCCAACCUCCACACGCUCCAUCCACCACCCCAACCUCCACACGCUAUAUCCACCACCCCAACCUCCACACGCUCCAUCCACCACCCCAACCUCCACACGCUCCAUCCACCACCCCAACCUCCAACCUCCACACGCUACAUCCACCACCCCAACCUCCACACGCUACAUCCACCACCCCAACCUCCACACGCUUCAUCCACCACCCCAACCUCCACACGCACCAUCCACCACCCCAACUUCCACACGCUACAUCCACCACCUCCACACGCUACAUCCACCACCCCAACCUCCACACGCUACAUCUACCACCCCAACCUCCACACGUUACAUCCACCACCUCCACACGCUCCAUCCACCACCCCAACCUCCACACGCUACAUCCACCACCCCAACCUCCACACGCUCCAUCCACCACCCCAACCUCCACACGCUCCAUCCACCACCCCAACCUCCACACGCUACAUCCACCACCCCAACCUCCACACGCUCCAUCCACCACCCCAACCUCCACACGCUACAUCCACCACCCCAACCUCCACACGCUACAUCCACCACCCCAACCUCCACACGCUCCAUCCACCACCCCAACCUCCACACGCUUCAUCCACCACUCCAACCUUCACACGCACCAUCCACCACCCCAACCUCCACACGCUACAUCCACCACCCCAACCUCCACACGCUACAUCUACCACCCCAACCUCCACACGCUACAUCUACCACCCCAACCUUCACACGCUACAUCUACCACCUCAACCUCCACACGCUACAUCCAUUUAA